AUGUCUGAGGCUUCCUAUCAUCUGUCGGAUGGCGAACGAGCGAAGGAGAUGAGGUACGGUGCGAAUGACGAUUCGCAAGGCGCGUAUAAGAAUGCCCCCUGUAACUAUUCAUUUUCCAGCGUGUACGAGACUAGUCCUGACGAAUCAGCGGGUAAAGCGCUCUUCGCUUAUAGCGUUAAUUCUCACGGCAGUGUUGCGAAUAAUGAUUCGAGCGCCUCAGGGCUGCCUGUUUGUGAAUCUCACAACUUUUCGUCUAAUUUUGCGAAAAGUUCGCGGACUCCUAAGCCGGUAUUACCACCAAAGCCGAAAAUAUUCGGUUUUUCGUCAUCACAAUCGCAGUCGCUUUUCGUAAGGUCGAGUCAAGCGCCUCUGGCUAUCGAUGAUCAGGUGAUGGCAGAUGUGUGGACUUAUUCUUUCACGGACCGUGAGUACGUGAAACCGGUGAAGCGCCAAACAGCUUUUUUGAUCAUUUCCGCACCAGCUGAAGCAGAGCCACAGCAAGCGGUGACGAAGACGGCGAAUUUUGGUGAACAACGCAAGAUUUUCGGAGGCGAUAUUUCGUACAUCCUUAGAAACAACUUUCCAAAGAAGUCGUUCAUGUGUUACGGACCCCCGGAAGAACCUGUUUUUUCGUGCAAGUUGACGCCUUCGACGACAACAGCUUUCGAUGUGAGGCAGCGUGAAGAUUUGCUAAGCACUUUUAGCAGAGAUACCUUUGUUAUUUAUGAAAGUAGCGGCGGCGAUAUUCGAAAAAGUGACUUCAGUCAAGGAGAGCGGAUUAACGGCAUUGAGAGGCAAAAGCAGUUGGACACGGUUUACCGAAAACGUUUACCGCCUCCUGGAAACUACAGUAGCAGAGAUCACUCGAUCAGCCCAGACGAGGAGCACGACGUCGAGACGAUCAUAUCAAAGUGGAGACAAGGGAGAUACGCAACAAAGACAUGCAAGGGUAGCGAUCGAAGACUCGACCUUCGUCGUCAUACGCAGCCGAUCACAAGUUUAUCUGAAAAUAAGUCCGCUAUAAGCUAUCGAAGCCAACCGUGUUUGUCCAACGAACAGAUUGAGGGCGCGACGGAGGACAGUGUUUUUCGUUCAUUGGAAGUGAACGCUGAAAUUGCCACAAAGGCAAACACUGUUCUUCGCGCUGAUGAGGUUCUCGGAGUACAUGAUUUUCUGAAUGAGCCGACAACCGGACAGGAAGAUUCGUUUUCACAAGCAGCUGCAAGCGCUACCGAAAGUUUGCCUUCCGACUUUUCUUGCGUUCAUUCACCAAAAUGUACCUUUCCCAACCUCAGCACAAUAUCAACGGAUGUAUAG